AUGACGCUCCGGUUGCUGGCGUCGAGCUUGCUGGGCUUGAGCGCAUCGCUCGCCAGCGCCAGCACCGACGGCAACCAGAGACCUCUCUCCGACUAUGCGCAUUCAUGUCCUGAUUAUACGCGAUACGCUACAUAUAUCCAUCGACCCUUGAGCACCGGCCCUAGAGCUUUACCCUACCAACGACCGAGCCCCAAAUGUCGGACCUUUCAAUCACCAGCGAUCGAAAAGGUCAUCGAGGAUGUCACAUCACGCAUGACAGACCCAGAUCUGGCGCGCCUCUUUGAGAAUGCAUUCCCUUCGACGACGGACACUACGGUCAAGUUCCACACCAAGGGCAAGUCAGAGACUGGCUUCUUCCGCAUGGGAAGCUUUGGAGGAUUCCAUGACGACGAGGCUUGGCAAGGACCACAGUCCUUCAUUAUCACCGGCGACAUUAUUGCUGAAUGGCUGCGAGACUCGACAAAUCAGCUGAGACCUUACCAACCUUUGGCCAACAAAGACACCGCUGUCCAUACACUACUCCUAGGCGCCAUCAACACGCAGGCCGAGUAUGUUAUCGAGUCGCCUUACUGCAAUGCCUUCCAGCCACCGCCCAUCAGCGAACUACCCAUCUCGUCUAAUGGCCAGGAUGAUGUCGUGCACCCUGCCUACGAGCCACAGGCCGUCUUUGAGUGCAAGUACGAGCUGGAUUCCCUCGCACACUUCCUCGCCCUUGGCAACGACUUUUACGAGCACACGGAUUCGCUCGAAUUUCUAAACAAGAGGUGGUAUCGCGCCGUUGACACGCUGCUGGGCGUGCUGGAGCAGCAGUCCAAGUCGACGUUUGACCCCGAGACGGGCAAAUAUCGACGCAACGAGUAUACCUUCCAGCGUCGUACUGAUCUCGGAACAGAGACGCUGAAUCUGAGAGGUGAGGGCAACCCUCUCAACUGGGGAACUGGAUUGGUCCGGUCAGCGUUCCGUCCCAGUGACGAUGCUACGAUUCUUGGCUUCUUCAUCCCCGCCAACGCUCAGAUGUCGGUGGAACUGAAGCGAACGGCUGCACUCCUCACGAAAGCUGGCAAGACAACGCUGGCCAAGACGCUGGAGGAAUGGAGCCAGAAGAUCCGGGACGGCGUGAUGGAGCAUGGUGUGGUCAAGCACAAGAAGUAUGGCGAUGUAUUCGCGUACGAGGUAGACGGGUACGGAUCGACAAUCCUCAUGGAUGAUGCCAACUAUCCUUCGUUGUUGGCUCUUCCCCUGAUGGGAUUCUGCGACGUGGAUGACCCGAUAUACCAAAACACACGGAAGAUGCUACUGGACAAGGGUGGGAACCCUUACUACUUGGAAGGAAAGGCCUUCAAGGGUAUUGGAGGCCCUCACAUUGGUUUGAGGAACGCAUGGCCAAUGAGUCUCCUCAUCCAAGCCCGAACCACGAGCAACGAGACCGAGAUCAAAGAGUGUUUGGACCUAGUGCUCGACUCGGCCAAGCUAGGUCUGGUCCACGAGAGUAUUGAUGUACAGCAUAUUUCGCAGUACACAAGAAGUUGGUUCGCAUGGGCCAAUGGUGUAUUUGCAUCAACGAUUCUGGAUCUCGCAAAGAGAAAGCCGCACUUGAUAUUCGGCGAGGGCGCCGAACCGUAUGAGAUAUGA